AUGCGGCGGUCGAUCGUGGAGGCGGCAUUUGCCUCCGUGGACGACCAACUCAGGGAGCAGCUCGGUGGGGCUGGCGAUCGUUGUGGGUCCACCUGCAUCACGGUGGUGCUGUGGCCAAAGACGGGUGGGUUCCGCGUGCUCGUGGCCAACCUGGGUGACUCCCGGGCCUUGCUCUAUCGCGACCGAGGAAGCUUCGAGCACGUGGCAGAGACUUGCGACCACAAGCCAGAUGUCCUCUUUGAGAAGAGGCGCAUUCGGGCUGCAGGGGGCUACGUGCUGCCGCGGGAGGACGACAAUCCAGCUCGCCUCGAUGCAGUGUUAGCCAUGUCCCGUGCCUUCGGGAACUUCCGCUUCAAAGAUUUCAGCUUGGAGCCAGGAGCGCGCAAAGUCUCCGCGAUCCCGGACAUCUGUGAAUUUGAUGCCGCCCCUGGCGAUGUGCUGGUGCUGGCGUCGGACGGUGUGUUGGAUGUUGUCCCGAGCGCGGAGGUCGCAGCCUUAGCAGUGCGGGGCGCGCGAGGAGGCAGCGCUGUGGCGGCUGCGGCGGACGUCGUUUGGGCGGCGUUGCAGCGCGACACCAAGGACAAUGUCACCGGCGCCGUGAUCCGCCUGGGCACCGGGGAGGCCCCCAGCGAGUGA